UACGCACAAGCGCAUUUCCAUCACACAACUCAACUCUCUUUUCGUUUGAGCUUUGUAUGUCAAUGUGGCAACACAGUUAAAUUUCAUUACUACGAUCGGAUAUCUGGCUGGAGUGUGUCAUUCUGAUUUGUGUUCGCGGUGUGUUGUAGAGGAUGAGUUCAAAAAUUAGCAGAGAUACACUCUAUGAGUGUGUGAACACAUGCCUAGAUAAUGCCACAAAGAAGCCCAGAAAGUUCCUUGAAACAGUAGAACUCCAAAUUGCUUUGAAGAAUUAUGAUCCCCAAAAGGACAAACGUUUCUCUGGAACUGUCAAGCUAAAGAAUAUUCCAAGACCUAAAUUUAAGGUGUGUGUACUUGGUGAUCAACAACAUUGUGAUGAAGCAAAGGCAAAUGAUGUUGAAUGCAUGGACGCAGAAGCUUUAAAGAAGCUGAAUAAGAAUAAAAAGCUUGUUAAAAAAUUAUCUAAGAAGUACGAUGCUUUCCUUGCUUCUGAAUCUUUGAUCAAGCAGAUCCCCAGGCUUUUGGGCCCUGGAUUAAACAAGGCUGGCAAGUUUCCUUCCCUUCUUACUCACAAUGAAUCCAUGAUGGCUAAGAUUGAUGAAGUUAAGGCUACCAUCAAGUUCCAAAUGAAGAAGGUGUUGUGUUUAGCUGUUGCCAUUGGUCACGUUAAGAUGACUUCUGAGGAGUUGGCCCAAAAUUUGAACUUGGCUAUUAAUUUCUUAGUCUCCUUGUUGAAGAAAAAUUGGCAAAAUAUUCGCUCCCUUACAGUCAAGACAACAAUGGGACCACCUGUCAGAUUGUAUUAAUUCAAUGUUUUUGCAAUAAACAAAAUUAACUCAAAA